CAUUUUUUCAGUUGAAACUCACAGACCCAAAUGCCACGCAACAGCAGAGAGGCAAGCGAAAGGAGGAGACCCAGCACGACCAGGCACUGGAGAAAUGGAAGAAGCGUUUUUCCAGCUUUACCAAGAAUUCACACAACUGCAGGAUUUAUGUGCAAAGCAGGCUGAGUUGCUACAGAAGUUGAUUGUGAAGAAGGAACCAAUGACUGACAUGCCAAUUUCGAUGCCAAUCCAGUGCACGGACGACGGGGGAUUAGCACAAUCAGAGAGACUCUUCUUCCAACAGCAGUUACCAAAGGUUCCCAGCUCUAUCCUUUCCAACCCAACAGUUCCUACAUGGCCCAACUCCGCAGUUCUUCGGGACCAGCCACAAGAUGCAGACACGGUUUCUCGUUUUGAUAUUAAGUACCCCCCGAGUGCAGCAAACGCCAGCUUGUUAAGCAGUGCCAAGGGGAAGGCAGAUUUCGCAAUAGCACUUUCCAGCCAGAACCACUACAAACAGCACAUGGGCAAGAAGGCGGCUUGUGACACGCUGUUGAAAAAUUAUACGACAUUUCCUGCCUUGAAAGCGGACAAGGAACAAUCCACAGUCCCUCCCAUACCUCCAGAGCUUGCUACCUUAAAUCCGGAGGAUGUAGGCUCUUUUCCCAGUUUCUUGGAUCUUUAUGAAGCACCACAAGAUUUACAGAUGGAAAGUACUUCCCUUCAAGCAGCAGAAAUUAAAGUUCCUAUAGAAAUACGAGGACCCACACAGACUUCCUGGACUCCAGGAUGGGCGGUAGAAGACAGUCCACUUGGUCACAGCGGGAAUUUUGAACUCCAAGGGUACUCUGCAUACACAGACCUGUGAGUUUUGCCAAGUCAUUUUCCUAGCUGGGGAAGCAGCACAAGGAGGCUAUGACAAGCAUCUCAUAGCUCAUAUCGAAUAGGAUUGGUAUCAUCAUGUACUUGUAACCCGCUUACAGAGGAUGGCUUUCCGUCCCCCUUUAGUGGCUGGACAACAUAAGGGUUUAUGAGCCUGCUGUAGAACUGUUGGAAUAAGUGACUUCUUGACUCAGUGGCUGAACAAAAACAUUGUGAAAAAACAUUUUGGUUUGGUUUGACCCGAAAUGAAAAUGUUUCCAUUUUUCCAGCCGAACUCAAAAAGUAAAAAAGAAUUUGUUUUGAAUUGAACGAAACAUUUUAUUUCCUGUCUGAGUUUUUAUCUUUUUCAUCUUUUUCAAAUAGCAAUUUGAGAAAAGGAAGUGAAAUGCUCAGAUGAAAUGUUUCAUUUUGGAAAUGAAAAAAAUGAACCAUUUCAGCAUUUCUGAGUUUUUUGAUAUUUUUGAUAUUUGACCCAACUUGCUAUUCACUAAAAUUGACCCAAAUUUGUGAAUUGUUUCCAUCAGCCCAAAUCUGCAUUUUUUUUUGGUGGCAGCGGAAAUGAAUCACACAAAAUAUAGAUUGUUGAGCUCUGUUGGCUUUGAGCUGGAUCUUUUAGCUAGGCAGUUGUGGCUCAGAUGUUUGUGCUGGCAAAGAGAAAAUAAUAUCUGCUUCUCCUCCCAGAAAUGUAACCUCUCCAAUAAAGGAAUGUCCAAGCUUG